AAUUCAAAGCCAGAAUGAAGUCCACUCUUUCGUUCUGUUUGUUACUUGUUGGGUAUUGCAUCCUUUGUCAUCAUGUGCCUGGCCACCAAGAUUAUGAGGAUGGUCAGGAAGAACUAAAUCCCCCAGAGGAGCAUUUCCAAGCUGAAGGCAAUGUCACAGGUGAAAACAUGCUCUGUCACAAGAUAGCCCCAAGCAAUGCUGACUUUGCAUUCAGAUUCUACAGGCAGGCCACAUCAGCAGCAGAGGGCAAGAAUGUUUUCUUCUCUCCUCUAGGUAUCUCUGCUGCCUUUGCAAUGCUGGUGCUAGGUGCAAAAUCUGCCACUCGGAAUCAGAUUCUGGAAGCCCUCACCUUUAACCUGACAGAAAUUGAAGAGAAAGAGAUCCAUGAUGGCUUUCAUCAUCUCAUUCAAUUGCUGAACAGUCCUGACAGGGAAAUCCAGCUGAGCAUGGGAAAUGCCCCUUUUGUAGAUGUGCAUCUGAACCUCCUCCAAAAGUUUGUGGAUGAUGUAAAAAAAUUUUAUGAUUCCAAAGUCUUUACCAGUAACUUUGAGGAUCCUGAACAUCUCGCAAAAGCUGAGAAGCAGAUUAAUGAUUACAUAAAGAACAAAACUCAGGGAAAAAUUACCAACUUAGUUAAGGAUCUUAAUCAAGAUACUUUAUUAGUUCUUGUCAACUAUAUUUUCUUUAAAGCACACUGGGAAGAUCCAUUUAACCCAGACUCCACCAGAGAAGGUCACUUUUUUCUGGAUGAUGGAACAUCAGUGGAAGUUAAAAUGAUGAACCGAGAUGGAGGGUAUAAAACCUACCAUGAUAAGCAGCUGUCUUGCACAGUGGUACAAAUACCUUACAAAGGAAAUGCUUUUGCAUUGUUUGUUCUGCCAGAUAAAAGAAAAAUGGAGGAAGUGGAGGAUGCUCUGUCAAAAAAAACUUUAUUCAAAUGGAAAAAAAUAUAUGGUAGAGUAGAUUUCUUCAUAUCAGUAUUUUCUGUUUCUGGCACCUAUGAACUGAAAGACUUUUUCAUGAAACUGGGUGUGGCCAAAGUAUUCAGUAACCAAGCUGAUCUAUCAGGAAUCACUCAGGAUGCCAAUCUGAAGAUGUCAAGAGCUGUUCACAAGGCCAUGCUAAAUGUUUAUGAGAAUGGUACGGAGGCAGCAGCAGCUACUUUUCUAGAAAUAGUAGCUGACUCUCUUUCUCCUACCAUAGAAUUCAACAGGCCCUUCUUGAUGAUGAUUGUUGAUCAAGCUACCAACAGUAUUCUCUUCAUGGGAAAAAUCAUGAACCCUACUGAAAAAUGA